UAUAAAACAGGCGUGUCAGCUGCGAGUCCAGUGGUUUGUUUUAUCCGGCGUCCCAUGUGUGUUUCUCAGCGGUGGAUUAUGUGGAGGUGUCUACCAAGUUAACCUUAAGUUUUUCGGACUAUAACGCUGCAUGCUUUCAGAGCCGAAUUUUGGAAACGUAUCCUGUGAUCACUGCUAUGAUGGAGAACAGUAUGGAGGCUAAGCCUUGCAGCGUUAGUGUUCUGUCCUGGGAGCAGGUGAGCCGCCUGGACCAUGUGUUGUCUGAGGUGGUGCCAGUGCACGGCAGAGGGAACUUCCCCACGUUAGAGGUGCGUCUGAAGGACAUAGUGUCUCGUGUGCGUGCCCGCCUGGAGCGCAGCGGGAUCAGGGUCAAAGACAUGCGCCUCAAUGGCUCCACUGCCAGCCAUGUGCUUGUGCAGGACAUGGGCUGGAGCUACAAAGACUUGGACGUGAUCUUCAGAGUGGACCUGCCCCACGAGGCUGAGUUCCAGCUCAUAAAGGAGGUGGUGCUGGGCACGCUGCUGGACUUCCUGCCUGAGGGCGUGAACAAGGAGAAGAUCACGCCCAUGACGCUGAAGGAGGCCUAUGUGCAGAAGCUGGUCAAGGUGCACACGGAGCAGGACCGCUGGAGCCUCAUCUCGCUGUCCAACAACAAUGGACGCAAUGUGGAGCUCAAGUUUGUGGACUCCAUCCGGCGGCAGUUUGAGUUCAGCGUAGAUUCGUUUCAGAUUAUCCUGGACUCAAUGUUGUCCUUCUAUGACCUGUCCACAGAGCCCAUGUCUUCGGAGGUCCACCCACGCAUACAGGGCGAAAGUGUGUAUGGGGACUUUGACGUCGCUCUAAGCCACCUCAAAAACAAACUGAUCGCCACCAAGCGCCCCGAGGAAAUCCGGGGUGGGGGCCUUCUCAAAUACUGCAACCUGCUGGUGCGGGACUUCCGGCCGGCUGACGAGGAGGAGUUCAAAGCCCUGGAGCGCUACAUGUGCUCGCGCUUCUUCAUUGACUUCCCGGACAUUAGCGAGCAGCAGCGCAAAGUGGAGGCGUACCUACAGAGCCACUUUGUGGGUGAGGAAAAGAGCAAGUACGAGUACCUGAUGCUGCUGCGGCGCGUAGUGAACGAGAGCACAGUGUGUCUGAUGGGCCAUGAGAGAAGGCAGACCCUGCACCUCAUCUCCCUCAUGGCUUUCAGGGUGCUGGCCGAGCAGAACGCCAUCCCCGACGCCUCCUGUGUUACUUGCUACUACCAGCCCGCGCCAUACGUACGAGACCACAACUUCAGCAACUACUACGUGGCCAACCAGAACAUUCCCACAUGGCUGCCAUGUAACUGAGCACGCCAGACGAGAACGGACGCUACUCCCACUUCACAUUCAAGGGAAGAAGUUUAAGAAAAAACUCCCAAAAAAAGUUGGCAAUAAAUGCUUUGUUUCUCAAGGCUCAAAUCUAUUUAAGUGGACACGUGUUUGCUUUGUUUUUGGGAUAUUUUCUCAUUCCUUUACACAGGGCGCUCUCGGUCUUUGGACAAAUUUAAUACUUUUAAGUGUUUAUUUGCCCUUUUUUCCUUCCCUUUUUUCAACUCAUUUGUGUUUUCCCUACUCUUAAAAGAGCUGUUUGUGCCUUAACUUCCAAGUUUACCCCCAAUAUAUUUUGUUUUGGGAAUUGUUUUGUGACGAAGAAAAGUAAAGGAAAUGCCUUAAAUUUGGUUUCUCCUGUGGACAAAAUACAAAAAAAUGUGAAAAUCGUGAAAAAGUGACGUUGGAGAGUUGGUAGGCAAAAAUAUCUGUGCACUGGUGUAAAAGCUGAUCUGAAGUUGUGUUGAGUUCACUGUGAGACACUUAAAACAAUGAGAGAAAUAUGAGAUGUAAAUAUUCCGCAGUGCUCCUUUACCACUGUGAAUGUAGCGCCUAGCAAGUGGCCUUUAGCGAGGGCCUCUGCUGGACAGCGUCUGCCUGUGGCGGCCGACUGUCUUCCCUUAAAAGGAGCAGCACAUGGUGAGACGCAGGGCUGCCCUCUGCCUCUGGCCCACUCCACAGCCUCUGACGGAGGCUAUAAUUAUCCAGGCUCUGGCACUUGGGGGGAGUUCCCUUCCUGUGCAUCCUCUCCCCUUUUGUGGUCAUGGCUAGACAGAGCUGCAGGGAGCGGGCCUGCGUACCUCGAGGCCCUCUUUGGGACUUGUAUCUGAUUUAUUGUGGAUGCCAGGGCAUUCUGGAGCUGCAGACCCCCGACAGCAGAGUUUGUGACGAGGAUGCACUUCUAUUUCAGCCGCUUCUAUUAUUAGACGUCACAUUUGAACAUUGCAGCGUGGCCCUGGUCACACAUGCUCUGGGCUCUGCCUAUACAGUGCCUUAAGACAGUGUGGUCAUGUGAACGGUCAGUGAGAAAUGCCUUAAUGUUUACAGUCCCGCUCAAAUCCAUCCACUGUGUUUACAAAAGGUCAGUGCAGAUGAGAGCUGGCCCCUCACAUCUCCACACUGUCUCCCAGACACGCUCCACAUGCAUUAGCUGGUGUUGUGUUUACAGCUGAUAAGGGCGCCCUCGGGCCUGUGUUAUCGGGCCUUUAUGCACUGUCCUGGGGCGGUCAGCUCGCCUGCAGGUCACACCCUAGGGUCAGGGCAGGCUGCUGUGCUCCCAACCAGCAAUUCAAGUGCCUUUCAGAAGUGACUUAGUUUUUAUGGGAUUGUUUUAAAUAAAAGGGAUUUAAAUAAGUGUAAACUGGAAAAAAACAAGAUGAAAUAUGGGGGGUGUUUUUUACUUUUAUUUUUGUCUUUUAGUUUCUGUAUGUGUCUAGUCAUUCCCACCUUUCUUAUCCCUGUUGUGGUCUUGUAUGUAGCCUUUGUAAAACUCUUCCCUGCCUCGGCCUAAUGUAAAGUAAACAAAGCAAUAUCUGAAGUGCACUGACAGGUCCCAGGACAACUUUGUGCACCAUGAGGGAGGGACGUAUAAGCUAUAAACCUGGGGACGGAGAGGGAAAAGAGAAAGAGGAAGAGGGGAGAGGAGGAGGAGGAGAGGCACUGCGUCUCAGGGACAUCAUGGAGGGCGAGCUUUUGUCCCUUUUCUUUUAAUUUGAGGAGUUGAUUCAUGUCCGAUUCAAUGGACAUGGUUAUGGUUUAGACUGAGGUUACUUCAUACAGGUUUGUGUAUCUUUGCGGUCAUUUACUCAAACAGUUCAACCCAAUUUGUUUAAAAAAAGAAAAAAAUGUGUGUGGGGGAGAAAAAAAAAAAUGAAGCCUAGUUUUUCAAAGUGGUGGUGCCAGUUUUCACAAUUGUCACAAACCAGCUCAGACACUGCCAGUUGAAGUUCCUCAGCCUCACCUCUAGUUGGCGUUGUACGUUUUUAAAAGUAUGACGUCAAAGGAAAUGCAUUCUUGUGUUUUCUAGAUGCUCUCACACAGAGUAAGGUUAUCCCUCCUCUAAAAGAUGUUUACGGUUUAUCACCUGACUUAACCUGAGCAUUAUUGCCCCAUUCUUUUGCAACCAAGGGCAUAUUCAGUCAGGACUGUGUAAGUGUAUUUGUAGAGAAGAACAAUGUGGAAAACCAUGAGGAUAAGGUGUGUUUUUUGUUUUUGGUUUUUGUUUUGUUUAGUGUUUUUUUUGUUUUUUUUUGUUUUAGUUUUCCGCCCCCACUUUUUUUUUCUUUCCUGCUGUUCAUUUGUCAGUGUUAUUUGAACCCGGUAGCUUCCCCACUCCCAGUGCUGGACAUCCCGCUGGAGGAGGUCCUCAGUGCAGAGUGUCUCAUUUUGGACGCCUGUUUAGGUGUUUUGUUUUGGGAGCGAUGGGGUAUACGUUGGGGACAUUUUUGAUGGUCUGUGCUUGUCUGGAGUACAAGUCUUAAACCAAGAGGAUGUAUUGGAGGUGGUUGUGUAUAAAAUGUUAAGUUUUCCUCCUUGUGCAGCAGAUUGUGUUUACGUUGAUGCGUGGAAAUGUGUGUGCUUCAUUUGCAUGUGUGUAUGAGGGGCAUGCCUGUGGAGAAGUUUAUUAAAAAAGUGGGGAUUAAUAUGAAAUUUGUCGCACUAUAUAUUUUUUGAAAUGCAAGAAGAGCUUAUUUUGUCGGCUUUGUGAUUGUGACAAUGACUUUUGAUGGUACAACCAUUUAUACCAUUUCAUUUUCAGCACUUUUACCUCACUUGAGUUUUUCCUUUUGGAUGGAAAUGUACAUGUACAUCAGGAAAAUGUGUUUGAAGAAAAGAAUCAUGAAUAAAAAGAUACAAUGCAAAGUA